AUGAAGAGGAACAGCCUUCUGCAGGAGUCAGGUUUGUCUGCCUCGCUGUUGAUAUUUAGCAACAGAGAAGCAGAUAAAGUUAUUGAAAAUAUCAUGCCACAUAAAUGGGAGAACGAUAGGAAAAAGAGCAGCACCACCAGCUCUCUGAAGAUGGAUCGAAAGAGCAAUGCUGGCAACAGGAAGUCAAGAAAGUUUCGCUCUAUUUCAAGAUCGCUUAUACUGUGCAGUGCCAGAAACAGUGAUGAUGGAUCAAGUCCCGACGAGAAAUGUCCCGAUCCCUUUGAGAUCUCCACCAGCUGGGGUCAAGAGGAAUUUGACUGCUGCCCUAGAGCACAACUGCCAAGCACAUCAGAGACAGAAGACAGCCCACCUGAUCCUCCAUGUGUCAUCACCAGCACAGCCCAGUCCAAGGCAGCCGCAAAUGAGAACUGCAACAACAUGAGAAGAAAGUUACUCAUCAAGGACAACUGCAUCUGCAGACUGUGUGCAACCAGAGGAAACAGCAGCUCAGGAACCAAGCUUUCCAGGAGUCCAAACUGUGCCUCUGUCUGGAAAGGGUUCUCAAGCUGCCAGGUACCUGCUGGAAGCACAGCAAACAGGGAUGGAUGUCUGAGUCCAAGGAAUGAAGUGUUAACACUAAAUGGGCAAUCACUUAAAGAUCUGCCCAGCAAGGAGGCUGAAUCUCUCAUUCAAUCAACAACACAGCUGGAAACAUCAACCUGUAAGGAAAGGCCUUUGGAAGUACAAAAUGGUUGUUUUCUGCAAAGUAAAGCCCUGUGUCAACGGACACGCAGCAACUCAACCAGUGUAAACCCGUACUGGAUAGGGGACAUGGACUGCACAGCACCCCGGAAAGCCGUGCCCUUCAGAGAGCAGCAGCCCCAUGCCCUCCAUACCAAUCGGAAAUCACUUUCCCAACAGCUGGACUGCUCUGGAGGGAGAACCCCAGCAAUUUCAAGGCCAUCUAGAUCACUAAGUACAGCACAGCUGGUGCAUGCAUCUUGUGGCUCACAGGCUUCGGUGAUCUCUAACAUCGUGUUGAUGAAAGGACAAGGGAAGGGCUUGGGCUUCAGCAUUGUUGGAGGGAAAGACAGCAUUUAUGGGCCAAUAGGAAUCUACGUCAAAACCAUAUUUCCUGGUGGAGCUGCUGCAGCUGACGGAAGACUACAAGAAGGUGAUGAAAUCCUCGAACUGAAUGGAGAAUCAAUGCAUGGAUUAACACAUUAUGAUGCCUUACAAAAAUUCAAGGCCAAAAAGGGUCUUCUGACUCUAACAGUCAGGACAAGCUUCAGCACACCUCAUUCUGCUUCCAGCUAUUUGUCACCCCACUUGUGUCAGUCACUCAGCUCCAGUAUAUGCAUAACCAAAGAAAACAGCUCUUUCAGUUCCGAAAGUCCAGUGUUCUUAUUAAAUGCUACAAAGCCCAAUGAUAGAGUCAUAAUGGAAGUUAGCCUAAACAAAGAGCCAGGGGUUGGCCUUGGAAUUGGGUUAUGCAGCAUCCCUUACUUCCAGUGUAUUUCAGGGAUUUUCAUUCAUACCCUCUCACCAGGUUCUGUGGCACAUAUGGAUGGGAGACUCAGGUGUGGAGAUGAAAUUAUUGAAAUUAAUGAAGCAUUAGUGCAAAAUAUGACUCUGAAUGAAGUUUAUGCUGUACUAAGCCAUUGUGAUCCUGGUGCAGUGCAGAUUAUUAUCAGCAGACACCCUGAACCACAGGUGUCUGAACAGCAGCUAAAAGAAGCUGUUGCACAAGCUGUGGAAAACAACAGAUUUGGAAAGGAGAGACAUCAAUGGAAUAGUGAAGGUGUUAAAAGACUAGACACAAGCUGGCAUGGAAGACACCCAUGUGAAAAACAUAUUGAAAGAAACACUGCUUAUGGCAACCGUAGAGCCCAGAAGCUGAUGACCCGCUCCAGCAGUGACAGCAGCUACAACCCCAGGUCCUUGUGUAGUAAUGGUGCUGCAUAUCAACUGAGUGACUUGAAAGAAAGGGUACACAGCAUUGAUGUACCAAUUACCAGACAGCCUGGCCUGCUGUACUCAUUGUCUGGAAACAAUUUUGAGAGAAGUUCCCCUCUUACUUGUAGUGAAGGAAGUCAACCCUUGCAAAACGCUAAGAAAUCAACAGAGAUUCUUGUUAGAAAACCUAAAUCAUCAAAGCCCAAACCUCCUCCAAGGAAAUAUUUUAAGCAGGACUGCACAGGAAACGACCAGUAUAUUGCAGAUAGAAAAGAAAAGCUUGUAUCUGAAGAGACUGAAUCACCUUCUGCAAAUGUGCAGCAGGAAGUUAGAGAACCAAUGCUAGAGGGACAGCAAACAGACGUAACUCACAGUGUCUUCACCACUUCUCCUACAGCUUCUGAACGCACAACUGCUGUUCCAGGGGGCAGAGAUCAAGAACGAAAACCAAACUUAGGAACUCCAGUUUCAUCAAUACGAAGGCCUGUCCUUAAGAGGCAAGCACGGGUAGAUUAUACUCUUGAUACUACAACAGAAGAUCCUUGGGUUAAGAUUUCCGACUGCAUAAAAAGCUUAUUUAAUCCUACCAUGAACGAAGACAACAGCCACUUAGAUUUGCAACCUGGCAUUGACACAAAUGAAGAACACGAAAAUCGAAGCAGCUCAGAGGUGGUUCUGCAGAAAUCAGAAUCAGAAACAGUCAGUUUGAAAGGGUCAAAAUCAGAUGAAAGUGAUGCUCUGAAAAAGGGCCCUCCUGUAGCACCUAAGCCAGCCUGGUUUCGCCAAAGUCUGAAAGGACUGAGGAAAGCAAAUUCAGACCUCAAACCACAGGCAGAUCAAAGUUCUUCCGACCUUCAGAGUGUUUCCACCAAAGAACUGCAAUCCAGUUUAUCCCAUCUGUCUUCCAGGGGAUCAUCGAUCAAACAGAGAAUAAGCUCAUUUGAAUCUUUGAGUGCUCCACAGUCACCUGAAAAAGUACACCGAAGGCUCAGCCCAAAACCAUCAGUCCAGAAGGAACACUCUCCCUCUGCAAAAUGGUCAGAAGGGGCUCCAAACCAUUUCAGCCAAACCCUUCUUCCGUGCUCUGAAAAUAGCCAACAGUCAAAGUCAUCUGUGGUUAUAGGUACAAAGAGCUUAGAUAGAUCUUCCUGUCCCAAGGACAUCCUUGCAGCCAGCUCAGAGAAAAGCAACAAUGCCAACACCAAAAAUCCUUCAGGCCUUCUCAUUGCAGAAGCCAUUACAACUUCCCAUAUAGCACCAGUAGCAAAAGUACACAACCUGAGAUCACGAAGCUUUCCACUUACUGCCACUCAGUCUUGUGAGAUGAUGAAGACAUUUGAUGAAAACUAUAGUAAAAUCUAUUCCAUCAGUAACCAGGUGUCAUCUGCUUUAAUGAAGUCUUUGCUUUGCCUUCCCCAGUCCCCAGUCCCUUCUGGGAACAGUGCAUGGGAAGCACUGGACACAUUAUCUCAGACCUCUGCAGAAGAGGAUGGGACUUCUCUCCCACCUGCAAGUGAGAACCAUCACCCAGACACCGGAUUUUCUCUGAACCUCUCUGAGCUGAGAGAAUACACUGUGAGCUUUGCAGAUAGCGAGAAAGAAGAAGAGAAACAGGAACAAGGCUCACCUCAAGCAUCCGGUGUGUCAGGGCAGUCUGUCAUCUCUCUGCUUUCCCCUGAAGAGUUAGCAAAGCUCAUAGAAGAAGUCAGAUCACUAGAUGAAGCCACGUUAAAGGAAUUAGAUGAUAUUCACGUUACAAUUCUGCAUAAAGAAGAAAACACUGGGCUUGGAUUCAGUCUGGCAGGUGGCAUAGAUCUAGAAAACAAAGUGAUAACAGUUCACAAGGUGUUUCCCAAUGGACUAGCAUUUCAGGAAGGAACUAUUCAGAAAGGAGAUGAAGUACUAUCCAUUAAUGGAAAGUCUUUUAAAGGGGCAACUCACAAUGAUGCCUCAGUGAUCAUGCGACAAGCUCGACAACCCAGACAAGCUGUAGUUGUCACUAGAAAAGCAAAAGAUGGAGAAAAAAGUCACAACGUUUCAAUUGGCUCUAGCACAUCUUCAGUUGCAAGCGAUGUCUCACAAGAAUCAGCAACUGAAGAUGCAAUCUGCACUGUAACUCUAGAAAAAUCAGCUGCUGGUUUGGGAUUCAGUCUGGAAGGUGGGAAGGGCUCUAUUCAUGGAGAUAAACCCAUCAUCAUCAACAGGAUAUUUAAAGGAACCUCACUGGAGCAAAGCAGCCUAGUUCAGCCUGGUGAUGAGCUAUUACAAGUGCAAACCACAGCCUUGCAAGGACUCACUCGUUUUGAAGCAUGGAAUAUAAUCAAGGCAUUACCUGAUGGGCCCAUCACAGCUAUCAUCAAAAGAAAGAAUCCAAGCUCUGUUACCAAGAAGGCAUCAGAAACUUUAUAAGAGGAGAAAUUAGACUACUGCCAAUACUACAUACAAAAAGAGAUGGUGUGGUUUAUCACUUACAGACAUCUGGCUAGCAUGGCGUGGUACUCUGUAUAUGGAACUUUACUGCCUGUUAGAGACAGCUGUUUGGGUUAAAAUGAGAAGUGAAAAUGAAAACGUACAUGAUUACUAUUUCAGAAAAUUGUUUCAGUGUCAAAUAAUAACAAAAAAUGACUUUAUAAAUAAUAUACUGGUUGUAAUAAGAUGUGGAAGCAAUAGUACUCUUAUUUUAAGCCAUUCUCUUAAAGACUGAGAGCACAUCCUGCAACAAAGUGUUCACUUCUGCUUUACUAGUUUUGCUUGCCGCUCUAUCUUCCCAAGAGGAGGGAAUGUGCACACCCCCAAUGAAAGACAGUAACACAGCAUCUGUGAAACGCAGAGGAAGUAGGAUGCAACUUAGUACUUCAAAAAUACAGCGUGCCCUGAAAAACUCCAACGUUUCUAUUCAAACUGAAGAACAGCCUAAAACUGACUAGGAUAGCUUUCUAUUAGCAGCUGAAAGAGCUGUGUUGACUCAAGCACCCAAACUAGGGACAAAAAAAAAAAUAAAGGGAGCAUCUCAUAGUAUUGCUAGGAUGAAAAGCAGGAAGCUGAGGGCAACAGAAUGAAGAUUCUUCUGACAUUCCUUUGGUCAGAGGUCUUAUGGGACCAGAGUCAAGAACAGCAAGGCCAUCUAGAAACAAGAGUGCACAUUACUUUUAAAUACCUUUGUAUAAUUUUUAUAAGGAAAAGUGUCAGUAUUUAGAAAUUCAGCCUUCUGAAUUCAAACUUUUACUCUGAAAACACUAAUUUGGACACAAAAGUACGCAGCAAAUGCUGCUGCAUGUAUUCUGGCACCACUUUCCAUAUGCUGUAUAGAGUUCCACGAGAACAGAAUGCCUUAGAUUACCUCAGUGUCAUUUGCCAAAGGUGUCCUCACCCAAAACAAUUUAAAAACUGACACAGAACCACCAAGGUCAGUUGGAUCUUUUUUUUCUCCCUCUUCCAACUGUGCUUUUCUUACCUC